AUGGCGAAUGAGCGGAAUCUUCCUCCAACAACAUUACAAAACGACAGUGGUGCCUGUUGGACAUGUUUGAAGCAAAAACGCAUAUGCGAUCUCAGCUUGCCGCGAUGUAGGAAUUGUGCCGAAAGGGGAAUAAGAUGUCAAGGCUUCGGCAUCAGGCCGCGAUGGCCGGCAGAUUUCAUUCGCCGAAAGAAGAGACCACGACGAACAUAUGAUGGACCCUCAAAUACGAGAGAGUCGUCGGGCAACAACAGUGAUACUCGCCAGACGUUACCCACAAGUCAAUUCUGCGUGCCUCAAGCUUUGUCGUCGUUGGGGCUUCCGUCACAGGAUAGUUAUUUCAUGCAGCAUUUUAUGAGUAUGUUUGAAUAUCUGAGUUCCUCUCUAUCACCAUCGAGGAUCGCGCAAGUUCUUGAAAACCUUGCUCGCGUUGCGCUGGCUAUUGAUUACAACCAGAACGGUUAUCGCUCUCUGUUGCCACUAGCACUUCAUGAUCCCGGUCUUAUGAAUGCUGCACUCGCUGUUGCAUCCUCACAUCACAGUCGUUGGCAGCAAACAAGCGACAAAGAUUCGCGUCGAUACCUGAGGGCCGCCGCUGCAGCCCUCAAGGGCCGUUUCGGAAAUUCGAGUGACCUGAACAGCCCUGUCACUCUCACCAUCAUGCUACUUUUGGUGUCAUUUGAGGUGUUCUCAGGGACUCCGCGAUGGAGAGGACAUUUCGACGCCAUCCGGGGGUGGAUUCGCUCUCGAGGAGAUCACUCUGACUUAGACCCGUUCCUGAAGACUUGGGUAUGUCUCAUAGAAACCCAGUGUGCUUUGAAUGUGGGAUUACCGGUUAUGCAAGAGGUUGAGUCGUGGCUUGAUAUAUGCCCAAAUCCCUCAGAUAUAGGGCAGAAUGACUCGAUCGACGCGUUGUUCGGAUGCUCCUCCAGGUUACCCAAGCUGAUGUGCGCCGCUUCGCAACUACAAAAGGCCUCCGACGAUGCUGAAAUCCCUUUCGAGGAGAUACACCGGCGGUCUGAAACCCUCCAAAAGGCAAUUCAAGCAACGAAGAUGGAGGAUAACUCAAAUCCAAUCAUUUCGAUCCUGUGUGAUGAUGCCCGAGAAAAGUACUCGGCUACGGUGGGUUUGGAGCAAGAAGAACUGCGUCGGCGGAUGAUCGCCACCGCCGAGAUAUUCAGGCACACGUCACACCUAUAUGUCUAUCGAAUUACUCAUGGCGUCGAAGAGCGACUUACGUCGGAUAUGGAGGAGUCUCUUCAGACAUCACUUCAACUUCUGACGCAGGUUCCAGAUGCCCUUAGCCCAGGAGCUAACCUAGGUUGGUGUUUGGUGGUGCUUGGGGCGGAGCUUGAUCUCCUAGAUCAGCGCGACUAUAUUCGUUCCAGGUGGUAUAGCAUGCACCUACUUGGAAUUUACAAUACCAAGUCUGGCGAAAAGAUACUUGAGGCGGUAUGGAAUCACCGAGAUCUCGUCCGUAGUGGUCUUGCCACACCAGCUAGAUGGCAAGAUAUUAUGAAAGACAUGGGGGAACAUCAAAUCCUGGUCUGA